GGAGAAGGACUGCGGGGCGCCCUGCGAGCCCGGCCGCCUCUACGGGCUCAUGUACUUCGGGCCCGAGGAGCUGCGCUUCUCCCGCACUUGGAUCGGCAUCUGGUCGGUGCUCUGCUGUGCCUCCACCCUCUUCACCGUCCUCACCUACCUGGUGGAUAUGAAGCGGUUCAGCUACCCUGAGCGGCCCAUCAUCUUCCUCUCGGGCUGCUACACGGCGGUGGCCGUGGCCUACAUCGCCGGCUUCCUCCUGGAGGAGAGAGUGGUCUGCAACGAGCGCUUUGCCGAGGACGGCUCCCGCACCGUGGCGCAGGGCACGAAGCGGGAGGGUUGCACCAUCCUCUUCAUGAUGCUCUAUUUCUUUGGCAUGGCCAGCUCCAUCUGGUGGGUCAUCCUCUCCCUCACCUGGUUCCUUGCUGCCGGCAUGAAGUGGGGCCACGAGGCCAUUGAGGCCAACUCCCAGUACUUUCACCUGGCUGCUUGGGCCGUGCCGGCCAUCAAGACCAUCACCAUCCUGGCCCUGGGACAAGUGGAUGGGGACGUUCUCAGCGGUGUCUGCUUUGUGGGCAUCAACAACGUGGAUGCCCUGCGGGGCUUCGUGCUGGCCCCCUUGUUCGUCUACCUGUUCAUUGGCACCUCUUUUCUGCUGGCUGGCUUUGUGUCCCUCUUCCGGAUCCGGACCAUCAUGAAGCACGACGGCACCAAGACAGAAAAGUUGGAGAAGCUCAUGGUUUUGUAAUGGCUUUGCUUGGAAUUUCGGCUGCAUCAGCAGCAGGGCCCGGAGCGGGGUUGCGGCCGCGGCCGGGGUCGCCUUCUGACCCGGGCUGGCUCCCGAUCCCGACUCCGAGGUGGGGAUGGGCAGGAGCGCCGCUUUCCGCCCUGGCCCCGUGUGGGGGAGGACGGACCCCAUCCCGUCCCCUACUGGGAGGGACGUGGAGC